ACUGAAGGAUCAGAGUGAGCAACCUUUAACAGUCAUUAAUUAAUUAAUCAAUCACAAAAAGUAAAAAAGGGCCGAAGCACAGCCAUGUUAGCUCGUGUCAGCAGCAGUGAAUCCAGCAUGUCUCUUGCGCCCAGUGGAGGCCGCCAUCAUGUCAAAGAGCUUCCACAGCCCUAUUACCUCGCAAAGUUGGCGAAGCGAACAGGGCUGCCGAUUGAGACCCUGGACACGUAUCAUAGGGCGUUCAUCGCCGCCACGGAUGGCGGCGGUCGACGAGACGGCACCCUGGACGAGAUGCAGUUCCGCCGGGCUUUCCGGGCAUUGCCGGACACCAACGUGUCACCGGAAGUGACGACGGCGUUGUUCCGCGCCGUCGACACCAACGCCGACGGCCACGUGGACUUCACGGAUUUCGUUUAUGCCAUCUGCGUCCAUGGAGCAGAUUUGCUGCUGGACAAGGCUGCAUGGGUCCUGAAACUGCUGGAGGAAAAGGGUGAGGCAGCAGUGCAGGCGGUACACGUGCGACGCGCUGUGCAAUCCCUGGCUCUCACUCUGCAAUACUCGGUGCAAUCGACACUCGAAGAAGCCACAGAGGAGGCCAUGUCAGUCUUCAAAACUGUUUCUGGGGCAAGGCGAACAGCCCGUGAACACGAGGACACCCAGGUCUUCAACAUCCCGCUCCUCAUCGCCUUCCUGGACCACUCGUCCAAAGUUUGAGACACGCGAGAAAAAAAUAAAUUCAUUACAAAAUUUUGGAACCGGACGGUACUGUCAUAACUUCUCUCCUGAUGAUUGCCGCGUAUUUUUUUUUAUUGAGCAUAUUGAGGUGAUCUCCAACAUGAAUUUUUUUUCUUGGGCUUAAUCAGUUUAUGUUUCGAUUGAAAUUUGAUUAUUUUAUUUUAUUUUUGUAUGGAAUUUACAAAUGUGAUUCUUUGGGAUGCAACACGGCUAAAACUGUUUUAUUUUUAAUA